CCAAGAAUAACAGUUCUUCUCGUCAAAAAUAUGAAAGCAAUCCUCUACCUAAAAAUGGCAAUCAAGUUGUUUGCAAUUCACCACCCAUGCGCCUUUGUAAGGAACAUGCUUUGAACAACAAAGGGGCUGAAUACCUUGAAGCUGUAACAAAUGCCUACAUGCUGAGUGGUUUGUUGGUUUCAGAUUUGAAAUCAGAUUUACCACACUUUUCCUAUACUGAUGGUAGUGUUAAAGAUGUCCAUACUGCAAACACAGGAGGACGCUUCACCAGAUGGUCUACAGAUAGUGGUGGUGGAUGUGUCGCCAGUGGUGCAACUCAACAAAGUGAAGAAGAAGAAGGAAAUUUCACUGUYAGCUAUCUUGCUAAACAACUUGAGAAAAAUACAGAUUGUACCAUUCCGCUUUCAAGAAGUGAUGCACGUAUAAGUUCAGCAGCUUUGGACUUAGCUCGCAAAAUUACCAUGUACAAUAGCCGUUAUAGGAUUGAYCAGCUGAAAGAUCAAGAGAUGCCARUUUUAAGACCUGCCAGUCCAUCGGCAUUGUGGAGAAAUCCUACUAUUAGUAAAACCGGGAAGUUUUUAUCAAGUACAAAGGCACCACUUCACGAGAUACCAAGGCGUUACCAGUCCUCUACAGAUCUUGGAUCGAGUACGGAUGUUGGUGCACCAAAACCUUCUAGAAGUGUACAGAUGACAGGGACGUACUCAGAUGAUAACUUAACAUAUGAAAGAGCAGUGAUUAGACCAGYGAGAUCUGAAGAGAAGCAGGUUCUAUAUCGUAGACGACCAGAGAUGUCGAAGAAAUUUGACUUGAGAAGAGAUAUUAGUAAGGAAGUGUCCAGUAAACCAAUGAAUAAAUACACUACACUGACUGGUGGACGAACUCUGAAUAAACCCAGUCAAUCAAAARAUCUUCAAGGCAUUCAGGAGACAAGUCAAUCUUCAAAGUCUUCCAAGCCAUCAUCAAUAAUGUCAACAAGUAGCUCUAUUGCCCAGUCUUCUCCAAAGUACGUAGCACUCAAUAGACAUCAAGUACUAGAGAAAAAACAAUACUGGACUUCAGUAGGAGACCAGCAAAGCACAUCAAAUCACCACAGGACCUCGGGCAGGACUCCAUCAGAUUUGAAGACCACAGUCUAUGAUCCACAAGAGGAGSCAGGAAAACUUGUGAGCUAUGCUUUACAGAGACAAAAUCAAGAGCCACAAAAUCAGAUUAAGAUGGUAACAUCAGAUAACGUUUCUAGAAUACCUGGUUUCGAUAGUAACGAUGAUGACGACUCUGGUCCUUUUAUCUCGAAAUUUUCCAAGAUUGGUUUGAGUUCGCCUCGGAGAGAAGCUAAAGUCUUCAACUUUUCUUGUAACCAAGCAAAUAUUCCUUUUGUGACAUCUGUGAAUAAAAAUCUACCUGAAACAUCAAACUAUUGUUCCCUAGCAACCAGCCAAACAGUACCCGACAACCAACAUAGCAACAAGGUUUUGACAGCAGAAAGCCAGACAGAGAAAGAAGCUUCCAAUAGAUCAUUAAGAAACAGCCCUCCUCUUUCAACAGCUGCCGCACCAUCCAAAAUAUCCCUCACCUUCAAAACUGGUGGUGAAAAUAAGACAGAAAAYCCAACCAACUCAAGACAAGGUGCAUUUGUCCCACAUUUUAAACACUUUUAUAAAAGCCACAGAUAAUGAUGUACGAAGAAGACCACUUCACGUUCGUUACUUCAACAAUCCUGUUCUUAUGACCGAAAACACUGCGAAAAUAUAGCAAUAUGAAACUUUUUAGGAUUUGCAAUUYCAUCCCUGUAAUGGCUGUGACACACGUCGUUGUUUAAUCAUGAGUUGAAUCUCGGCAAUAUUAUCAAUGUCAAAUAAACAUACUACAGUAGAUAAAGGUGAACGAUUCUUUCGGUAUAAAAAAUCAACGGAUUCUUAGUAACGGAUUCUUAGUAACUUUUAAUUACGGCUUGACAUUGAUAAUAUUGCCGCGACGCACUUUMCUAUCAAGAAACGACAGUGCGUCAAUUCCAUUCCUUGUGGUGGGCUUUAAGAAUUUUAAUCACAGGUAGCCCAAGCUAUGCAUUUGAACCGUUUUUAGCAAUUUUGCGAAAUGUAACAAAUAAACAUCCCUACCUGUUUAUUGUGGGCUUUUUUUUUACAUUUCGCAAAAUUGCUAAAAACGGUUCAAAUGCAUAGCUUGGGCUACCUGUGAUUUUAAAUCCCAGUAUUUUUACGUAAUACGAGGUAAAAUCUAGAGUGUGCCGCGAGUUAUGCGCGGGAAAAAACGUUGUGUUUAAGAUGUGUGCAAUUCAAUAUCCAUGAAUGAAUUUUCGCGUGGACAUAAUAAAUUGAAGUGAAAUUAUAAGUAUUGUUGCCUUUUUAGU